AUGCUCCUCGACGGCGUCCUCGCGUCCAUCAUGCUCGGGUUCUCUGCGUGGACGUUCGAGGUGCUCGAGCGGUCCGAGCACGCUGCGUACUUCCUCGCCUGCUGCCUCCUCCUCCUCCUCUGGCGCAGCGUCGUGCUCUCGGCGCCCGCAUCGACGACCAAGCUCGUCGAGGGCGAUAUCGGCGACGUCGCCAAGGCGCUGCCGCCGACGCCGACCAAACCAGCGAUCGUACCCGUGACGUGCAAUGCAGUGCCAACGCCGAGCGAGAAGCUCAUCUUGACGUCGCUCGUGGACGAGCCGAUCGGGAGCAUCCGCAUCCUGGUGGGCCCCCAAGGCGCGUGUGGCGGCCGCCUCGAGAAGAACGAGAUCAUCUUGGAAGACAGCGUCGUGAGCCGCGUGCAUUUCUCGCUCUCGUGCGUGCGCAACACGUACUACCUCCAGGACGUCGGGUCGACGACCGGCACGUUUCUCUACUUGGCGCCGCACGAGACGCGGCUCCUGAGCAUGCACGACCACGUCAAGAUUGGCGACACCGAGUUCCGCAUCGUCGACGCAUCCUUCCACGGCAAGUCGUCGCCGUACCUCCAAAUCAAGUUUACCAAAGGCCCGAUGGAAGGCGUGACGCAGCGCAUUGGGGCGUCGCUCGUUACGAUCGGCCGCAAGACGAGCUGCACGCUGUGCAUCGAGAACGACGUGACGGUCUCGGGCGCCCACUGCACGAUCGAGUUUCGUGCCGCCGCCGAGCCGCUCUCGACGUCGAGCGUCGAGCUUGACUCGGACGACGAACGCCUCUGUGGCUUUUACCUGACCGACCUCGGCAGCACCAACGGCACGGGCUUUCGUUUGAGUCCGUCUGGGCUUCCGUCGGAGAAGACGCGGCUCCACCACGGCGAUGUCUUUGGCGUCGGCUGCACCCGCUUCCUCGUCCAGCACGCGACCAAGCUCCACGAAGAAGCCGGCACCAGAAUAGCAUAG